GUUCAUUUUAAUUAUUAAAGACAUUUCUUUUCAUUCCACCUACGAAUGUGUCACCUGUUUCUGCUUAAGUUCGUCCAGCUUCAUACGUUCAAUUCAAAUUCAAGGUCUCAGAGUAGACCGAUGCUCUGACCGAGGUGUGUGUGUGUGUUAAGGCGUUAACGUGUCAAGUGAUAGGUGGUGACUCAGAAGCAGAUUACAAGUGGAAGGAACCAAAGUGAUAAAAAUGGUAAAAAUAGAAGUGUUGAUUUGUCGGGUAGAAGGCACCGAGUGGCUAAAAGAAACAGAGGAUGAAAGUUUUGAAACGCAGGCCAACUUGCUUCAUUUUGGGAAACAUUUGUUUCUGUCUUACAGAGGAGGAGACGACAGAAGAGGCCUUUGGUUUCUUUCUCGUGCCGCCGAGGGACUGAACCGCUUCGGGGCCAGGCCCCCCCCCCGAUCACCUGACCCCGAGCUCCGAGUCUCCCGGCGACCUCGCCUCCCCCCCCCACCGCCACCCGUCUCCAUGGAGCGCGUGCAGCACAUGACCAAGUCGGCCAUCCGCCGGGCGUCUCAGAUCGAGGUGACCCCGCAGGCCAAGAGGAACCUGCAGGAGCUGUUCGUCAACUUCACCCUCAUCCUCAUCUGCCUGCUGCUCAUCUACAUCAUCGUCCUGCUGAGCAGCUGAGGGGGGGGGGGGGGGCGUGAAUAAGUGAAACACGGGAGGAAAAGAUGACAUAAAUAAAACGCUAGAUGUGACGCUUAUCUGCAAAGGUCUCCGAUGGGCAGCAUGAACAUAGAAACUAUUGCAUAUAUAUAUAUAUAUGCAAUAGUUUCUAUGGGCCGCAGAAUUAAAUGCAUAUCUGUUAUGAUGUGUCCAGAGUUUUAAAAGCAAUGCUUCUCCUUUAGAAAUUACUUGCAGUAGUGAGGAAAACUUCACUUUGCAUGUUGCAUGUUAACUUAAUGAUCUUCUCUGUUUAUGCCCAUAAAGGUUCUGUGAAAAUGUAAAAAUAUAACUUUUGGAAAACGACAUGGCUGAGAUAAAACUGGCUUCGUUCUUCUGUACCAGAUUGUACCACCUGACUUCUAAACUGAGUGAAAUAAAUUAAAGUGGUUUUCCUGCUCCAUGUGUAGAAACGUGAUUUGUUCAUUGCACAGAUUAAUUUAACAAAAAUGUAACAGAUGUGUUACAGGUCGAGAUAACUGACCAGUUUUGAAUGUUAAAUUAUGUCGCUUGCAUAUUAUCGAGAAUUUGGUUU